CUGACUGCCUCCAGCUGGUUUGACGCAGCUCGGAGGAGUCCCUGCCCAGCUCCAGCUGUUCUCCCCGCUGCUUUGCCCCGCUGCCUCCGCUCCGCUGCCUAUCCUCGUUUCAAAUGUCACGGCGAUCAUGACAGGCAUCGCGGCUGUUUCCUUCUUCUCCAACGCUUGCAGCUUCGCCGGCUGCGGGCUUCAUUUUGACUCCCUGUCUGAGCUCAUCAUGCACAUCGAGGAUAACCACAUCGAUACAGACCCCUGUCUUUUGGAGAAGCAGGAGCAGCAGCAGCCAACAUAUAUUGCUCUCAGUUACAUCAGUAGGUUCAUGACUGAUGCCGCAAGGCGAGAACAUGAGGCCCUGAAGAAAAAACUACAGCCCAAACUCUCCCUAACAGGCAGUCUGUCACGCAGCAACGUUUCCACUCCGCCCCGCCACACCAGUGGAAACCUCACCCCUCCAGUCACCCCACCCAUCACCCCUUCCUCUUCCUUCCGCAGCAUCACACCUACAGGUAGCGAGUGUGAUGAUGAGGAUGUCGAGUUUGAGGCUUCUGAUAGUGACGAAUCGUGGACCACAGAGAGUGCCAUCAGCUCUGACUCUAUCCUGAGCUCUAUGUGCAUGAAUGGAGGAGACGAGAAGCCCUUUGCCUGUCCCGUUCCUGGCUGUAAGAAAAGAUAUAAGAACGUGAACGGCAUCAAGUACCACGCCAAAAACGGCCACCGAACCCAGAUCAGGGUGCGCAAACCUUUCAAGUGCCGCUGUGGAAAGAGUUACAAGACAUCUCAGGGUCUCCGGCACCACACCAUCAACUCUCACUCACCCAUCUCCUCUGACGUCCUCCGCAAGAUCCAACAGUAGCUGAGGCGGAGUGGAUGACCAGCACUUUCACCCCUCAGGCCAUAUAAACCCCCAUCUAAAAUACACAUCAGCAGCAGCAGCAUGCCGUUUUCUUCUGCCUUCAUUCCACUUUGUUACAACACUAGUGUGUUUUAAUUGCACAGCACGUUUGUAUUAAUCAACCAUCAUUUCCUUUGAAAAAGCUACAUAUUUAUGUAGUUUACAUUUUGUAUUUUUGCACAUGUCAGAUAUCUUUCAGCUGACCUUUUUUCUUUCACUUAUUUUUGUUGAUCAUGCUGACUUUAGAAAAGGUCAGGACAUGCAUACCGUAGUCUUACAUUUGCAGUAUAGCAUUCUUCCUUAUGCUGAAUGACAGCUUGGGUUUUCUGUUGAAAGGAAGCACCGUCAUCCUCCCUGUUACAGCAGGCAUGAAAUGGGACAGAUACAAGUGGAAAAUGUGUCUGCACUAGGGAUGGUGAGUUGCUGUGUCUUAAAAAAGGGACUUUUUGUUUUAUAUGACAAAAAUUUCUCCA